UACAUUUUGAAACAGACCAAAAUGAAGCAACUUCUAUUUUCCUUCUACAUUCUUUACAUACCCUACGUGAGCUGCAAAACUUUUCCCUUUGGAUUUUCAUACACAAGAUUUAGUGGACCAGUAAGUGGGCCUGAAAAGCAAAUCAUCGUGUACGACGCGCAUCAACACGGUUAUCCUCAUGUGGAUUAUAUUGCCAAACCGGAUUAUCAAUUCUCAUACGGAAUAGAUGACCCUAAAACCAAAGUUCAACAAAGUCGGAAGGAGAUACGAAAUGGUGAUCUUGUUCAAGGUGAAUACAGUCUUGUGGAACCAGACGGAACACUCCGAAUCGUCAAAUACAUAGCAGAUGAUAUUAAUGGAUUUCAAGCCGAAGUAGUAACAAAUAACCCAUUGCGGACGUAUGAACACCAUAACGUUCCCGAAGUAAUUCCAGUUCAUGAAGAAGUUCCGGCAUACGUAGAACCACCACCAGUUCAAAAACUACCACCAAACCUUCGGAAGGCUCCGAACAAUGAACAAGUUUCCACACAUGAAGAGAAGGGAAAUGCAUCAACGUAUAGUAACGAAGGAUCAUCAGAAGGAGAAGAUCAUGGGAAAAAUCGAGCCCUGAACUAUGAAGAUCAGUCUCAAAGUGUCGAAUUUGACGAUAGUAGCUAUUAGUUAAGUGUGUUCAUAAUAAUAAUAUCUUGUAAGACUGUUAUCAUCCGUUCUUU